AUGUUGCCAUCUCCACCACCAGAUAACAGUCCACACAGUUUAGGCAGUCAUCUCAAAUAUAUUACGAGGGUACCAGAUACUUUCUUAAUGCGUUUUAGCAAAGAUAACCCUUUUGUAGAAAAAGCCAUAGCUCAAUUUAAAAGAGCAGCUGAAGUAAGCCACUAUCAGAAUAGACCGGCGGUUUAUGAUCUGGCCUACAUUUUAGCUCAGACAGAACGCUAUGAUGAAUCAAAACAAAUGUGUAAGACAAUUAUUUCAGAGCGCUCAGGCCCUAAAGGGACAACAAUAAAUUUCCCAGUGUACCUUGUUAAUGCAUACAAUCUUUAUGGAGUCUGUUGUGAAAAACAAGCUGAAAUGAUUGAAUCUGACAGUGGAAUUGAUAAUACUCAAAAGCACAGAACAGAUCUUCUUAUCGAGAGUGAGCAAAAAUUUGACAUUAGCCGUGAGACUGGCAUCUCAACUAGCAAACAUACCAGAACUGAGUUUGUGUGCAACAGAUUUGUGGAAUGCCUUUAG